AUCAAAGCCAGCUAAUAAAAUUGUACUAAGCAUGGCGGUAUUCAUCUUGUCUACGGCACUCAGCUCAAAUAACGCUAGUCUGAAGAUGGGCUAAACUGCUAUGCACGUUAAUGUGCUAUAAAGUGCCAGUGGACACCGGGUGAAGCUGAAGUCCUGGUCGCUACAAUUCCAACAAUUUCAGCCAUGGUCAACACUACUACCGCAGCGGGACUCAUCGGUGUAGUUCUUUUGGCCCGCCACGGCGACAGGACGGCAUACUAUCAGGACCCAGCUACAUACAACUCCACCCAAGCAUACAUCACUCCUCUUGGAGAGCAACAAGAAUUCGAACUCGGGAGCUUCCUUCGUAAUAUAUAUCUCAAUCCCGAUUCACCAUCUUUCAUCCAGAAUAUCAGCACUGACGUCGCAGACAUCAAUCAGUUGGCAGUCCGCGCAGACGCUGGUGGAGGAAAUGUUAUCCUGAACUCCGCAUAUGCUCUGCUUCAGGGUCUUUACCCAUCCACGCAACAGUCAGAGAUAACUUUAGCGAAUGGUACAACGGUCCUCUCUCCUCUUGGGGGAUACCAAUAUAUUCCAGUGCAAUCUUUGGAGGAUUGGCAGAGUCCGUCUCUCACGAGCUGGAUGGAUUGCGAGUAUUUCCAAUCUCAUCUAAACCGAACUUACGCUUCGUCUGCAUGGUUAAACAUGUCUGCCACUGCUGCGCCAUUCCUGACUGCAUUAAAACCUUACUUGGGGGGCAUCAGUAACAACUUCACGAACAUGUGGAAUAUAUACGACCAUGUCAAUGUUCAAUACACCUAUAAUCAGACCUAUUACGAGACCCUACCUCCCACCUUCCUCGAGCAAGCUCGCUAUUAUGCCAAUUGGGCCCAAACCAAUGUCUUCACUGAUUCUACUUCAGCUAGCAUUGGACAAGUUGCCAUUCGCACACUCCUCCCGGAGAUCUUUUGGGCAUUGGGUAACAUGACAAAGACUUCCAACAAAGUCAAGAUGAAUAUUCAGGAAGUCGAUUACAAACCAUUCAUCAGUCUAUUUAACGUCACCAACGCUACUCUAACUGACCCUGAUAUCAGCGGUAUCGCCAACUAUGCUUCUGUUGUUGCCCUCGAGUUGUCGCAGGACUCGCAGGGACAGUACGAGGUCAGCAUGAAGUUCAAGAAUGGUACGGAGGACAGCCAAUUCCGCCAACUUGAGAUGUUCGGCAACACGAGCAUCACGUUUGACAAAUUUGUUCAAGAACUUUUUGACACCACGAUCAACUCCACUAACAACUGGUGCUUCUCCUGCAAUCAGACUAUCCUGCGUGGAUGUUCUGUCUUCAACUACAGUAGCGAUAUCUUCUUGAAUGGUGUUGGUACUGGUUAUUAGAGCUAGACAAAGUGAUACAUAUAAGUUCUGUAAUGUAAUAUUAUCUACUUAAUUCUUUCGAAUAAUCAAUCGUUCUCCG